AUGGCUUCUUCCCAGCCACAGAUGGAGCCCCAUGACCUGGCCGAGAGCAACGCGGCCAUCAACUCUCAGAUCCAGUUACAGCUGUAUGCCGCGUACAUCUACCUUUCCAUGGCUUUCUUCUGCAAUCAAGACCAAGUGGCCCUGGUGAACUUCGCGCUCUACUUCCUUUGCCAGUCCCAGAAGUGGAUGGAGAGCACCGAGAAGCUAUUCCACUUGCUGAUCCAGCGCAAUGGCUCCCUUGUCCUUGGGAGAAUUGCUGAUCACGACCGCCACGACUGGUUUGAUGGCCUCAUGGCGAUGGAGUGUGCCUUCCACCUGGAGAAGACGCUGAACCAGAGCCUCCUGCAGCUGUACCAGCUGGCUAACAGCAAAGGCGAUGCCUACCUGUGCAACUUGCUGAAGCGCCAUUUUCUCCAACAGCAGGUCGAAAUCAUCAAGGAGAUGGGUGGCUAUGUGACCAACCUGCGCCAGUUGGGGGCUCCAGGAAAUCGCCUGGCUGAGCACAUCUUCGACAGGCUCACCCUGGGAGAGAGCACCAAGGAGAACUGA